AUGGCCGCCUCCGACUUGUCCACCAACCUCCAGGAGGAGGCCACCUGCGCCAUCUGCCUCGACUACUUCAUGGACCCGGUGAUGACCGACUGCGGCCACAACUUCUGCCGCGAGUGCAUCCGGCGCUGCUGGGGCCAGCCCGAGGGCCCGUACGCCUGCCCCGAGUGCCGCGAGCUGUCCCCGCAGCGGAACCUGCGGCCCAACCGCCCGCUGGCCAAGAUGGCCGAGAUGGCGCGGCGCCUGCACCCGCCGUCCCCGGUGCCCCAGGGCGUGUGCGCCGCGCACCGCGAGCCGCUGGCCUCCUUCUGCGCCGACGAGCUGCGCCUGCUGUGCGCCGCCUGCGAGCGCUCCGGGGAGCACUGGGCGCACCGCGUCCGCCCGCUGCAGGACGCCGCCGAGGACCUCAAGGGCAAGCUGGAGAAGUCCCUGGACCACCUGCAGAAGCAAAUGGAAGAUGCCCUGCUGUUCCAGGCGCAGGCGGAGGAGACCUGUGCCCUGUGGCAGAAGAUGGUGGAGACCCAGCGGCAGAAUGUGCGCGCAGAGUUUGAGCGGUUGCGCCGCCUGCUGGCAGAGGAAGAGCAACGGCUUCUGCAGAGGCUGGAGGAGGAGGAGCUGGAGGUGCUGCCGCCGCUGCAGGAGAACGCUGCCCGCCUUGGGCAACAGAGCGCCCAGCUGGCCGACCUUGUGGCUGAGCUGGAGGGGCGCUGCCAGCUGCCGGCGUUGGGACUGCUGCAGGACAUCAUGGACACCCUGCGCAGGGUCCAGGAAGUGAAGCUGCAGCCGCCUAAGGUGGUGCCCAUGGAGAUGAGGACGGUGUGCAGGGUCCCGGGGCUGGUGGAGGCUCUGCAGAGGUUCCGAGGGGACAUAACGCUGGAUCCUGACACUGCGAACCCCGAGCUGGUCCUGUCAGAAGACAUGCAGAGCGUGCGGCGGGGGGACCUGCGGCAGCCCCUGCCUGACAGCCCCGAGCGCUUUGACCCCGGGCCCUGUGUGCUGGGCCGGGAGCCCCUGAGCUCCGGCCGCCACUACUGGGAAGUGGAGGUGGGCGAGCGGGCCAGCUGGGCCUUGGGCGUCUGCAGGGAGAAUGCUAACCGCAAGGAGAAGGGUGAACUCUUCGCAGGCAACGGGUUCUGGAUCCUGGUGUUCCUGGGGGGCUUCUACAACUCCUCUGAGCGGGCCUUUGCCCCCCUUCGAGACCCACCCCGGCGGGUAGGCAUCUUUCUGGACUAUGAGGCGGGGCACCUGGCAUUCUACAGCGCCACCGAUGGGUCACUCCUGUAUGCCUUCCCUGAGACGCCCUUCUCAGGGACGCUCCGGGCCCUCUUCUCUCCUCUGUCUAGCAGCCCCACCCCCAUGACCAUCUGCCGACCCAAGGGAGGGCUUGGGGAUGGGCUGGCUUCCCAGUGA